GCUGCGGGAGUAGUGCGAAGGAGAGGGGUGUGAGCUUGAAAGGGUUCACGGGAGGCCCGGGCCGGAGCGAACAGUUAGCAUCUGCAGGAGGGGUGGGGUUUUGGCGCUACUGGGGAUCAAGACGGAGCGCCUGGGGGAAAAGAGUACGGAAUGUCGGUCCCCCACCUCUCUGCCGAUCCCAGCCUCACUCCCGUUUGUGUGAAAGGACAGCAUGAACUUUACCCCAACGCAAUCCCCUGUCUACAGAAAGCUGACAACUGUCUCCAAGCAUGAGGCUGCCAGUGGGAUCAGCAGCCCCACCAGGUGGAAGGGGGUAUCUUUCUCUGAUUCCGUGCAGUCAACUCCCUUGCCUUCUGUCAAAGAUCGUCUGGCUGUCCUCUGCCCUUCUCAGGAGCUUUUGGAAUAUUAUCAAAAGAAGAUGUCUGAGUGCGAGGCAGAAAACCAGGGCCUGUUGCAAAAGUUGGAGCUCUACAAGGAAGCCUGCGAAGGGCAGCAUAAACUAGAAUGGGACUUGCAGCAGAGGGAGAAAGAGAUUGCUGAGCUGCAGAAAGCCCUAAGUGACAUGCAGGUCUGCCUCUUCCAAGAGCGGGAACAUGUCUUACGCCUCUAUUCGGAAAAUGACCGCCUGAGAAUCAGGGAGCUAGAAGACAAGAAAAAGAUUCAAAAUCUCUUGGCUCUCGUGGGAACAGACAGUGGAGAAGUGACCUAUUUUUAUAAGGAGCCUCCCAACAAAGUCAGCAUUCUCCAGAAGAAUAUUCAGACUAUAGAAAUGUGUGAACAGAAUGAAUCUUCAGCUCUCAGAGCAGAUUCUAAAGGAAGCAGGAGAAAACCAGCAAUGAAGGAGAAGGAGGAGAGAGCCGAGCAGCAACAGAGAGACGUGCAGACCCUCAUCCUCCAGGUGGAAGCGCUCCAGGCCCAGUUGGAAGAGCAGACCCGGCUCUCUCGAGAGCAGGUGUCAGGACUCAUGGAGGAGAGGCGGAUCCACAUGGACGAAGUUCAGGUUCAUCACCAGCGAUAUAGGGACAGAAUCACAGAGCUCACCAAAAGUCUCCACCACACCCAGGAACUUCUGUAUGAGAGCACCAAAGACUUCCUGCAACUCAAAUUUGAAAACCAAAAUAAAGAGACAUCCUGGAUGCUUGAAAAGGAUCAUUUGAUGUCCAAGAUCAAGCAGUACAGGGUGCAGUGUAAGAAGAGAGAAGAUAAACUUGGGAAAGUUUGGCCAAUUCAUGAGAAUCACCACAACCAAAAUGAAUAUAUCAAGUCCCUAAAGGAUAAGAUAGUUCAGGAGAAAAGGCUGUCUAACAUGUACCAAGAGCAGUGCAUUUCCCUAGAAGAAGAACUUGCCCGGAUCCGUGAGGAAGAAGGAGUGAGGAGAGAGAUCUUUAAGGAUCGCACCAACAAGAUGGGGAAGCGCCUACAGGUGAUGACAAAGCGCUAUGAGGCCUUGGAGAAUCGGCGCGCCUUAGAAGUAGAGGGCUUUAAGACGGAUAUUAAGGUUCUCCGGCAGAAACUGCGAGACUUGGAGCAGAUGCUGUAUAAGGCAACACUUAAUGCCCGGGCAAACCAGGAUCUUGCCAUUCUGUAUGAGGUUCGUGACAGCAAUAGACGAGCACACAAGAUACAAGGAGAACUGAAGAACCUUAAGUCCAAAGUGUUUGGUCUGGAGAACGAACUGAGACUCUGCUAAUGUUUACUUUUUAGGAAUGAUACUCAUCCGAAAUAGAUCUGCUUCCUAAAAUCUGAGGGAAGGUCAACUUCUCCUGGAAACUGUAGGACCAGAGUUAUCUUGAGUAAUGGUAUCCAUUAUUACAAAUAUAGGCUGAAGAAUCAGCUUUUUUUGCAUUCUAAGCUUUGGUCUGGAUUAUAACCUGAGUUACUUAGAGAUUCUCCCAUAUUAUUUCUCUCAUUUACAGGGGUUGGGGUCGGGGGUGUUGUUUGUUUUUUGGCUGUGCCCUUGGCAUACAGAAGUUCCCAGGCUGGGGAUCGAACCUACAUCACAGCAGUGACAAAGCUGGAUCCUUAGCUUCCUGAGCUACCAAGGAACUCCUGUUUGUUUGGGGGAGUUUUUUGGCCAUACCUUCAGCAUGUAGAAAUUCCUGGGUCAAGGAUCAAACUAGCACAACAGCAGUGACAAUGUCAGAUCCUUAACCACUAGGCUACCAGGGAACUCCUGUUUGUUUUUUUAAGAAGACAAUGACAGUGAAAACGUAGGGAGAAAAUAUUAUUGCUGUGCGCUUGGCUGAGUAUUAGUGAGGGAGACGCUUUCCCCAGGAGAUAAAGACAUCCACUGAGGUCUCCUUUCUCCUGGGCAGAGAGCAAAGGUGGCAAAUGACCGCCUGUCAAAGGUGAAUAGGCCACAGUUCUCUCAGCCCUGAGCUGUAGGGCCUGAAUUCCUUCCUGGACACCCAGUCAGGUGAAGUUUCACCAGAGGGCACCAGAGACCCUGGUCUUCAGCAAAAAUGUUCAACUAGGAAAAUAAAGGUGCCACUUUUUUUUUUUUAAUAAAGGUGCCUCUUUGGUAGGAGUGAAUGAAACAUAAAUGAUCCUUGUAUGAAAAAUUCAGUAUUUUACCACUACUGCUUUUUAAAAAAUGAUACAUAUUUUUUAAAUUAACUAUUUUUGAAUAAAAUAUAUAGUUGAAAAUAUUCUAUUUGAAUUUUCUACGAUUUCUUAAUAAAACCACAUUUAUAUUUUG